AUGGCUGCACCAGGGAAUCCUUUGAAGAGCCUCCGAGAUGAAGCUACUUGCUCCAUCUGUCUGAGUUUUUUUAAGGAUCCAGUGUCUUUAGAUUGUGGGCACAAUUUCUGCCAAGCCUGCAUCACCCAGUGCUGGGAGAGACCAGAUGCAGACAUCUCCUGCCCUCAGUGCAGAGAGACCUUUCCCCAGAGGACCCUGAGGCCAAACAGACAACUGGGGAACAUGGUAGAAAUCGCCAAGCAGCUGAGUGUCCCAGCAGCAGCAGCAGGAGGAGAUUUGUGCAGCGCGCACCAGGAGCCUUUCAAACUCUUCUGUAACCAGGACCAAACUCUCAUCUGUGUGAUCUGCAGGGAGUCCCAGGCGCACCACGCUCACAGGGUGGUCCCUGUAGAGGAGGCUGCCCGGGAGCACAAGAAAAAAAUGCAAACCCGACUGAACACCCUGAAGCAAGAGAGAGAAGAACGUCUGGAGUGGAAACAGGAUGGAGAGAUGCAAAGCCAGGAAUAUCUGGGAAAGAUAGACGCUGAGAGGCAGAAGAUUGUGUCUGAAUUUGAGCAACUGCGGCAGUUCCUGGAGGAACAAGAGCAACUCCUGCUGGCCCAACUGGAAGAGUUGGCCAAGGAAAUUGUGAAGAUACAGGAUGAAAAUGUCACCAAACUAUCUGAGGAGAUUUCCCGUCUCAGUGACUUGAUCAGUGAGAUAGAAGAGAAGUGUCAGCAGCCAACAAGUGAAUUCCUACAGGACAUCAGAAGCACCUGGAGCAGGUGUGAGAAGGUGAAGUUUGAGAAACCAGUGGCUGUGCCACAGGACCUGAGAGAGAGAGUCGGCGUCUCUUCUCAAAGAAAUGUUUGUCUACAGGAGGCUCUGAAGAAAUUCAAAGAGACCCUGCCCUAUCAACUGCGCUUUCUGAUCUCAAAGGCAGAGAAAGAGGUGCAGGCCACUCCUGAUCCAGACCUGGCAAAUCCCUGUUCCAUCGUGUCCACAGAUGAGAGUGUGAUACAGAAAUACCAAGGCGCGGGAUACUCAGUGCCACAGAACAGGUUUUAUCCUGCUGCCUGUGUGCUGGGCUAUAAGGGCUUCACCUCAGGGAGAUGUUACUGGGAAGUGGAGGUUGGGGACAAAGAUGAGUGGGUUUUGGGCAUUGCCAAAGAGUCUGUGAUACUCGAGGGAGCGAUAAGCUGUACACCGGAGGAGGGGAUCUGGGCUUUGCAGAGUACAGGGAAUGAGUACUGGGCCCUCACCUCCCCUAAGACUGCUCUGGACCUACGUCGUAGCCCCAGUAACAUUGGGGUUUACCUGGAUUAUGAAGAGGAGAAAGUUACAUUUUAUGACAUUACAUCUUCUGGCAAAGAGCCAAUCUUUACUUUCACAUCCUCUUUCACUGGGAAGAUCAUCCCCUUCUUUGGGAGCCGGCAUGUAGAAUAUCAGAAUCUAGGCAGUAGUGGUCCCUGGAAUGCACACCGUAGAAUGGUACAGCUAAGCAUGCCAGUAAGUUAUCACUUUCAGGCAUACCAUUAAGACCUGUGACAGAGGAGCAGGGAUCCGAGUGAUAUGAGACAGCUAAAGUAGAGCAAAGACAUAGGUAAUAUAUAAAUUACAGCUAUCACACUUUGCCAUUCUAAUCACAGUCUUGCCAGCCUCAAGCAUUCAAAAACUGUGUCAGAUCCCCCAGAAUCAUGAGAUUGGCUUAAACAUCUUUUUACAUUUUGUGUUAUUUUUCUUUGCUUUCUGGUUUCCCAGCUUUCAGGGUGUUCUUGUUUCCGGUUUUCAAUCUUUGCUACACAAACAUGAAGGCUGGAAAUGUAUCUGUAAUAUAAUCUGAGCUCCCUCAAAUCUAUCUACUCCAACAGCUGGGACUGUAAGAAAAACACUGAGUGCUGCGAGACUCACAAUAAAAUGGUGAGGGAGAACAAGACUGACUUGCUCAGCAUUAUACUGGUGAAAGGAGUUUCUCAGCCCUCUUACAUGCUUGUCUCUGUAACUCUGGGAUCCUCCAGACACACACGAACUGACCAACCAGCAGACACUAGGAGCCACUCCCAGGGUCACAGCAGAGCCUGCCUGUCUUAGGGCAGGU